UUUCAGGAAAAUAAAAAUUUUCACAAAAUGGAGCAGAUACCUCAGGAACAAAAAACAGAACCUUUUCUUGCUUCAUUCACGACUACAGAAAAACUUGGAACGGAAACACCGACUACGUCAAUUACUCCUAAUACUCAAUUUCGUGGAAGGUAUGAAAAACCAAAUUGUGCGGUUUGCAAUGAAGUUGGAGAUGGAUUACAUUUUGGAGCAGAAGCUUGCAGAGCAUGUACUGCAUUUUUCCGACGGAGCGUGGCACUUUCAAAGAAAUAUGAAUGCAGAGCAGGCAGAAACUGUGAAGUUUCUUCGAAUAUUCGAUGCAUGUGCCGCUCGUGUCGAUAUGACAAAUGUAUAGAAGUUGGAAUGAAUCCAGAAUGUGUUCAGAAUCGUCGAGAAAACGAUACUCCCAAAGCUGAUCUUCAAUUUGAUACUUCAAAAACUGAAAUCAGACGACCAAUUCCAAAUUUUAAUAUUGUUCCACAGGCUUCAGCUGUUCCAUCAACAUCCAACUUUAUGGAUUUUUCAAUAUUCAAAGAUACACCAAUCAGUAAUUUUUCGGCAUUCUCCCCUGCAUCGCUUCCUGGACUCAGUUCUUCACCAUCUCUUGAAACGAUGCCUCUUCUCGAAAGAAUGAGAAUUAAUUAUGAUAAAAUGGAAAAUGCAAGGAAUGUGAUUCAUCGAAGAGAAGGAGAAAAUAUAUUUCAACAAAAAGUUCCAAGAGCAAUCACAUUUCGAGAGGCAACUGAAGUAACAACAAAGGAAGUUUCAUUAGUUGCUGAUUGGAUCGAAUGGUGUUUUGACGAUUUUGGAUUAUUACCUGUUGAUCAGAAAACGAUUUUGUUUCAAAACUUUUUUGUGUUUUUCUGUAUGCUUGAAAGAGCAUUCAUGACUGUCAAAAGUGGACGUGAUGGAAUUGUUGUAAUGGCUUCAAAAGACUAUAUUGACUACGAUAAUCUUGAAGGAUUUUUCAAAGAAUGCAAUAGUGGAACAGGUGGUACUCCUGCAGAAAUUGCAAAACUUUGCAGACUGAUUAGGCCGUCAUUCGAAUUACAAAAGAGGAGUCUUAUCAACUUGAUGCGAUUGGAAAAUGUAGAUUCUUACGAGUUUUUUGCAUUAUGCGUUAUGUUGUUCUGGGAUUUUGGAUUGGAAGGACAGUCUGAUGAGUGUAAUGAAGUUGGACGACGAGUCAAACAUCGAGUUACAAGAGAAAUGACUUUUUAUUUGAGAAAUGUUAAGAAACACGAAGAACCACUUUAUAGGAUGGCAAGUGUCGUGUCUAUUCUGCCAAGCUUACAGAGAGCAGUUCGCCGUUUCCAAGAGGACAUCGAAAUGGCUAAUAUCUUCAAUAUUUAUGCUCUACCUGAGAAUUUCGUCAAUAUUAUAAAUGGAAAAUUUAAUUGAUUGUGGUUUUUCUAUCUGUGAUAUACUUUUGUCCAUCUUUCAUUGAAACCUUGUAACUAAUAGCUGUGAUCUUUUUCGAAAAAUUAAAUAAAUAAGUAUUAAUUAAACUUUC